AUGGCCUGUGGACGACAAAAUUACGAAGAAAAUGACAUUCUUCCUGAAGAAAGGGAGUUCCAAGCGAAAUGGAGUAGAUUUACUGAGUGGCUUCACUGUAUUUGUGUAGUCACUUUUGAUCUAGAGUUAGGUCAGGCAUUGGAAAGUGUAUAUCCCCCAGGAGUUAGUUUAACGGACCAAGAAAAAUGUAAUAUAUGUUACUUGGCAUUUCCCGACUCUAAUUCGGGAUGUAUGGGAGACACACAGUUUCAUGUUCGAUUACGCUCGCGCUCACCUUUGACGCAACAACAGUUGAAUUACAAUGAAGAGAGUGUUCCGAUUUUGCGUGCGGAUUCCACACAUUAUUGGGGUUUCGUAUACUUUCGACAGGUCAAGGACCCAUCAUUACCGCGUGGAUACUUCCAGAAAAGUAUUAUAUUACUAACUCGAUUACCCUUUAUAAAUUUAUUUUACAAGGUGAUACAACUUAUUGCUCCAAAACACUUUGAAGAUGGCGAGAGCAGCUUAGAAGCUGCUUGUCAUGAUAUCAAUAGAUGGCCAGUUUUAGAUGCUGGACAAAAUGUUCUUUUGCCAGUUUUAGGUGCAGUCUUCCAGUCAUAUAUUCCUAAUCAUCAGACUGGCAAAGUAACAAGGUCCGAUAUUGCGAAACAAAUUCAUUCUACAAGUGUGCCUCAUAUACUUGUGUCUAUCCAAGAUGUUAAUGUUUUCGAUGCUCUUUCUAGCUUAAUAUCGCAUUUACAUUUAUUAUGGGAAUUGGUUUUAACUGCUGAGCCUAUAGUAGUGAUGGCUAGUUCCCCAACUGAGUGUUCAUCUUUGGUUCAAGCAUUGACAUACUUAAUCCAGCCACUGCCAUAUUCAGCAGAAUACCGACCAUACUUUACAAUUCAUGAUAGUGAAUUUAAAGAAUUUACAAGAAAAACAUUUAACCCUCCUUGUGUAAUAUUGGGUGUUACAAACCCAUUCUUUACUAAAACAUUACAACACUGGCCUCACACUAUCAAGCUAGGUGAUGCAACAUCAGUCAAAACGAAACUUAGAAAAGUUGGUAACAUUAAGCUGUUAGAUACAGCUCCAGGUGUAUAUACUCAAUACAAACCAUUUUUAGAAAAAGAUAAAUCAAUUAUAAAGAAGCUGCAUAAUGGAAUGAGAACAGAGCGUCCAUCUGAAGUACAAACAGCAAUGGUUAAGCGUCAUUUGUUAGAAUUAACACAGAGUUUUAUGAUUCCUUUGGAACGUUACAUGGCUUCUUUAAUGCCACUGCAGAAAAAUAUUUCUCCAUUCCGGGCUCCACCUGUACCUAAUCCAUUUAACCCGGAAGACUUUUUUGCUACACUUCAACAAGCAGGCCCUCAAUUAACAACAGGAAUUAAAGGAGAUUGGAAUGGGUUAUAUCGUAAUUUCUUUAGAACACCAAACUUUAGUGCUUGGUUUCAUCAGAGACAUAGUAAUUUAACCAAUAAGUUGCAUGCUUUGCAGUUAGAAGCAUUAGCUGAGAGUGAUCUUAAAAAGUGGUCGAUUGGUAAAAAAGAAGUAGAAAUUGUUGAUAUGGUGUUAAAAUUAAGGGAAGUUUUAAAAAAUGACCCUCCAGUUGCUGAUAAUACUCGAACAUUGCUGGCAAGACGUCUCGAUGAUCUGAACUGUGUGCUGCCAGAGGACAUGAAGUCUAUUUUGAAUGCAGCUUCGUGA